AUGGCUCUGCCACAAAGGAUCCUCUUUCUGCUGGAGAAGAUCUGCAUGGCCUGGCAGCAAAGACGGCCAGCUGGAGCGGGACUCUACAACCUGUACAACACGUGCUUUCUCAACUCCAUCCUGCAGUGCCUGACAUACACCCCACCUCUGGCCAACUACCUGCUCUCUCGUGAGCACAGCCAGACCUGUUGUCAGCAAGGCUUCUGCAUGAUGUGCGUACUGGAAGCACACGUUAACGAGGCCCUGAAUUCUUCAGGCACUGCCAUAUGGCCUACCGCUGUCCUCAGAGCACAUUUCCAGCUUGGCAGGCAGGAAGAUGCUCACGAGUUCUUACGCUGCACUGUUGAUGCCAUCUCUUACGAAGCACCUACCGUCGUCCAUCAAAUUUUUGGGGGCGAGCUGCGAUCCAGAGUGACAUGCUUCAGCUGCAAAGCCGUUUCCGACACUUACGAGCCAUUUCUUGAUAUUCUUUUGGAUAUCAAGGCAGGCUCAUCUGUCACUGGAGCUCUGGAAGACUUUGUCAGACCUGAGCAGCUGGAUGGCAAAAAUGGCUAUAGAUGUAGCAAGUGUGGAGAGCUGGCCACUGCAUCCAAGAGGCUUACAAUAUAUCGCUCCUCCAAUGUCCUGACAGUGUGCUUGAAGAGAUUCGAUGCUUUCUCUGGCACAAAGAUUAACAAGGUCGUGGAGUAUCCGGAGCAUUUGGACCUUGGAGCAUACAUGUCUGAAGCAUCUGAGGAACGACCACUCUAUUCCUUGUAUGCCGUCCUGGUACAUGAAGGUUCCGGCUGUCAGGCAGGACACUAUUACUGCUUCGUGAAGGCCGGUGAUGGACAGUGGUACCAGAUGAACGAUGACUCUGUACGUCUUUGUGACAUCAAGACAGUUCUCUGCCAGUGUGCCUAUUUACUCUUCUAUGCCAGUGCUGCUCUGGCCAUGUUGGGGGUGAUGUUCUCCCUGCCCCAGCCUUUGGAGAAGGUCUUGAGGGAGCUGCCUAGUGAAAUCCAUCGCGAGCUGUUCAGCACCAUCAAAAACAACAUCCGCAUCGUCCACUGGGCUGCAGUAGGCAAAGCCAAAAUCAGGCCAAAAACCAGAAGAAUACAAAGAAG